AUGGUUCAGUAUUUCGCUGUUUUCCUGAUUCUCUCUUUUUUUGGCGGCUCACUGGUAACAACCACCUCACCUCAGCAACGAAACGAUUCAAAGUUAAAAGACUUAUGCCAGGUAAGAAAUGCAUAGAGAUAUAAACAAGGAGAAUUGCGCCGUAGAUUAGGUACACCCAGAAACUGUUUUACUAGUCUCACGUCGUUAUUAUCAUUUACUAAAUAGUACCCGUUACUAGUGUAUGGCAGUUUAUUUAAAAGUCCUCGCUUCAGCAUGAUCUUUCCUCGAAAACCUGAUGCCUGUCCAUUGUUAACUGUUAAUUUUCUCUGUUUCUAUCCAAGUCCAUUCGAGGCGAGAUAACGCUUUAACUUUAACAGUAGCUAAAAACGUAGGCUCAUGGUUUGAUGAGAAGCUCACUAUGUCAACUCAUAUUAACAAGUUAUGUGGUGUUGCCUUUUACCAUUAGGCAAGUAUUUGCCUCGAGAAUCAACGGAAAUGUUUGUCCAUGCAUUUAUUACAUCUCGUGUUGAUUAUGGUAACAGUCUUUUGUAUGGGCUGCCCAACUACCAGCUUAACAAAGUGCAGAGAGUUUUGAAUGCCUCAGCCAGGCUAGUUUGUAAUGCCCCUAAGUUUUGCCACAUCUCACCCCUUCUUCGUGGUCUGCAUUGGCUUCCUGUUAAAGCCCGGAUACAAUUUAAGAUACUGCUUAUUACGUUCAAAGCAAUUCACGGCCUUGCUCCUAAAUAUCUACGCGAUUUACUAACACUUAAAUCGUCCUUAUAUAACCUUAGAUCUUCAGGUAGUAUUUUACUUUUUAUGCAAGCUGUUCAAUCGAAGACGUUAGGUGAUAGAGCUUCUAUGGUAGCAGCGCCAAGGCUCUGGAACUCUCUUCCAAAAGAACUUCGUACGAUUACUAAUGUGAACAGUUUUAAGGCGCAUAUUAAGACUUAUCUUUUUAGAACUUUAUAUUGGUGAGCAAUUUUAUAUUCAGUUCUUACUUACAUGCAUAUAUAUUCUUUUUAUUUUUUAUUUUUAAAUGCAUUAUCUUUUAUUAAAUUCUUGUAAAGUAAUGCAGUUGUAAUGCGCAUCUGAUCAUUCUCAUGUUAAGCUGUGCACAAUAAGUUCAUAAAUUAUUAUCAUUAUUAUUAUUAUUAUUAUUAUUAUUAUUAUUAUUAUUAUUAUAAAUAGAAUUAUGAUGUCCAAGGUCCAUUCCGUGCCUCGAAAACAAGGGAGAGGGCUGGCGUGUACAGACUUUGUUCAUUUUGAUGUGGAAUCAUUGUUUUCGAGGGAGCUACGGGCGUGUAUGAACGUACUAGUUAUUGCUGCAAUUCCAGAUGAGAAGGAAAGAGAAAUAAUUAUGCGAAUUCUUCUUCGUUGUUGUUCUUAAUCUAAGUAAUGGUGACAUUCAUAAUUUCUUGGAGACAAGGUCUGAAAACUGGUGUGGAUUUUAGACUCUGAAAACGAGUGUAAAAAAUAACGUGUUUUGGUCUGAAAUAGAGUCAGGAUUUGGGGAACAGGGCGGCACAUUCCCACCGAAAAUUCCCAGGAGUACAUCCCCCCCCCUCCCCGAGUCAUUUACAAUCGUCUCUGCUAAUUACAAGUCAUCUUUACUUUCAGCGAUCUCUGUUGGGUUUCCCUGGUAUUCCAGGAUCAAAUGGGAUACCGGGAGUGCCGGGCGUCCCGGGCCCACACGGACCCCAGGGAAGGGAAGGUGUAAAAGGACAAAUUGGUGAUAAAGGAUCACAAGGAAUGCCGGGUCCAAGAGGAGACAGAGGGCGCGAAGGACCCCCUGGGAAGAGUGGACCCCGAGGAAUUCAGGGAAUGAAAGGUCAACAGGGACUUCUGGGAAUGAAAGGAGAGCGCGGAGCAGUGGGAAUAAAAGGAGAGCGAGGCAUUGUGGGAAUGAAAGGAGAGCAAGGAGCUGUGGGAAUGAAAGGACAGCGAGGCAUUGUGGGAAAUUCAGGAAGAAAAGGAGACAAGGAGAGAAAGGAGAAAGCGCCAAAGCAAGUCAAUCAAGUGUAGUACCACAAACCAACUGGAAACAAUGUGUGUGGAAAUCAGGCAUCAGUACUGAUAACGGAAAGAUUAAGGUAAUUAGAAUAAGAAUCAUAACAAACUCUAAAGGAAAGUAAUUCCGCUCUACAUCAAAAUAUUUCAAAGAAGAACGUCUCCCUUCUCACUCACCAUUUGCCAACACAUUACAAAAAUAAAAUAACUAAGUUACAUUUCUCUCUACUUUGGUUCUUUUUGAACGAAAAAAGGAAAGUCAUCUUGGGUGAUAAAAUGAUUCCUGGCCAUAAGGGUAACGAAAUUGAAGCAUUUACAGAGUUUUUACAAAUUAGAAAGUAAUCUUGACUGGAGUUGUUAGUAUCAAUCAUUACACACGGUUGCUCACCUUACUACAAUAUGUUUGAUUUGUUUGAUUUUACUCCAGAACUGUGCAUUUAACAAACUGCAGUCUAAUUCAGCGCUCAGAGUCUCAUUCCAGGGAAACAUGAGGGUCGAAGGUACUAGUUCUAAGUGUAAUCGCUGGUAUUUCAAGUUCAAUGGAAAUGAAUGCAGUGGACCAAUGACGAUUGACGCUGUUAUUUACAACUACUGGCCAUCUGGGAACCCUAAUCUGCUGCAUCAUCGGUCACUUGAGGGAUACUGUGAAAACAUCCCACAAGGCGCUGUUAGAGUGGAAUUGUGGGUAGGAAAGUGUAGUGGCUACACCCUGGGUGAUGCUCACACUGGGUGGAAUUCAGUAUCUCGGAUAAUGAUUGAAGAAGUAUCUAGGUCCCAGUCCUAA